AUGGGAGCUGAAGGAUCAAAAGAGAAAAAAAAGGAGAAACAUGAUAAGAAGAAAGGCGGUAAUGAAAAAGACGACAAAAAGGGUAAAAAAAAUGAAAAAUCCAAAAACCCCAACCAAGGGAAAGUAGGAGCUACCAGUUGUGACUUAAAAGUUCAUCAGUUAGAAGCAGAGUUGCUCGUAAACUUCAACACGUCCUUUUCUGGAUUCUUCCUUGAAAUUCCGUCCAUCUCGAUAACUGAAUCCACAAGAAGGGAAAUGAUGGAGAAGAGACCUACAAAAAUUGGAGGUUUGAAUGGAAUUUCCAUUGCCAAUUCAGCUUUCGUGAAUAAUUGA